AUGGACCAGCCAGUGCCACCAUCAUCGCAAGGCAGCGACGAUGCACUGGGUGGACGAUCAAGAAGUGACCACGGCCAGGGCAGGCCGACAACACCAGUGAGAACAGCCGAGGUGGGAUCGCUCAGAGUUGACAGAUCUUCACCGGCUGACGAUGAUGAUGAGGCCGACCAGGACGACGGCUUUGACAGCGAAGAGUUCAGAGCGUGGAUGCGCAACCGCGGUAGACAACGCGGUACAGAACGACGAAGACAUCGCACUAGCAGUGCUGGAUCUGAUGGCUAUGAUGAUGGCCGGACGAACGCAGGACCAGCACCGGAAUGGGAUGGAGAGAGCUUGGUUUUCCAGGACUAUGUCAUCAAAGCCAGGUUGUGGCUUGCUACAACUCGUAGCAAACCCCGCACGAGAGGGCCGCUGCUUCUCUCCAAGCUCUCAAAGACCCCAUUCGAGACGAUGAAGUUUCUCGCCAAAGACUCCAAGUGGAUGCAAAGCGACACCAAUGGAGAGGAGCUGAUCAACAUGAUGGACCUCUCCGAGUACUUUGGAGACGACCGUGAUGAAGACUUGCUGAGCGCUUUGGCCAAGGUGACGUACCAUGUGCGUCGUGAGAAAAAUGAGGCCUACAGGACCUUCUUCAAUAGGUGGGAAUCUGCCUACCGAAAGGUGACCGAGCACAAGGUUCAAUUGCCGGACAAGUACAUCGGCUUUCUCUUGAUUCAGGCACUUUGCCUCAACGACCAAGAGAUCAAGUCUAUGAUGAACUUCACUCAUGGAAGUAUCAUGCCAAAGGACAUCAAGGAGUGGGUUCGGAAGCAUGAAACCAAGUUGCAGGUGAACCAGGUCGGAGUGGAGAAAAAGAAUGUCAACGUGACGAAGGGCAGCGGGCACUACAUGCUGAACGAGGACGAGACCGACUUGGAGGACGAGGAGAUCUUCGCUCUUGAGACCGCGAUCCGAGAUCUACAAGAUGGAGAACCAGCAGGUGAUCUUUCGGGAGCUCAAGAAGAUGAAGGGAACAUCUUGGAGGAGCACGAGGCCGUGGAGAUCUUGAGCACAAUGCUCAGCAAGAAGAGGAACUUUGCACAGAGCCAGAAGGCCAAGAAGGCAAAGGAGUUGGGCCGAGGAUACCACAACAGUGGGAAAGGUCGAGGGAAAUCCUUCACCACGACCACCGGCGGUCGACAGCCUUUCAAGUCAGGGCAGUACCGAAUGACGAUAGAAGAGGUGAAGAAAGUGACCAAGUGCGGACACUGCCACAAGGUGGGGCACUGGCAUAGAGAAUGUCCUGAUUUGCACCGUGGCUCUGGCGAGAAGGAGCAGCACUACCUCCAGUCCGAGGAGGCCACGUUUUGCGGCAUGUUGGAAGUUGAUGGAAAAGAACAGGUGAGCCCAAUGCGAGACCAAGAAGAUCAACUGUCCCCGGGAGAAGCAGGACUGAGCGGCCGGGGUGAGUGCGAGGCAGAACAGCCUCUGUCCAAAACGGACGCUGCAGGUAGUGCCAAGUGGUCUGACAGUUUUGAACAUGUGAAGCCCAUGAACUUCCAGUACACCUUCACAAACAGGAACACAGGUUUCGAUCAGUUCAUGGACGAUCCGUCACCAGCCAAGUUGCAGUUGCCCAAGGAAACCACCACGCACCACGACGUGCCACCAGCCCGAGACAGCAGUGAUGGAGUCCGAACGGAAGAGAUCCCGUCAGAACGACCACAGUCAGGGAACUCGGGAGGACUGGUGUCGAAUGGUCCUCAAAUUGCUCUUUGUGAUGGCUCGGGUCAACGAGCUAGCGAUGCGACUGCUUCAAACGCCGCAACCUGUGGAAGUAGGGCAUCAGGACUAUCCACCGUCGAGGACGAGGGCACCAACAACAUCAAGGACAUCGGCUAUGGCAACUUCCCGGACACCUCCAAGGGCAUCAUCUUCGAGGAGCAUGGACGACUUCGACGUGAUCUCCGUGGCGAGUGGACGGUCUACAACGACGCAGAGGUCUAUGACACCAAGCAUGGCGAGCACUGUUGCCGGACAAGAUCUUGUGACAGAUCAAGUACUACGACUGGUGGGGCCUCCACCGCAAUGCGAACAUCACGAGACAACCAAGCUCUAUGUGUGCCGCAAACAGGGGCACAACUACAAGAGGAUCUUCUGGCGAUGCCCACGACAGAGGGGAUCGCAGUGUGCGACCUUCAUCUGGAGCGAGAUCCAGCCGUACCUCGACCCGAUCUACCAGGACGACCUGGAGCCAGAGGACUAUGCGCCGGACUCACCGAGAUCAAUGUCAGGAACACCAGUGGAGAACAUCCUCAUGGAGCUUCAGAAACACUGUCCUCACACCAAGGUCGACAAGAGAGGGACCAACCCGUACAAGAUCAUGGUGAAGUGCGCAACAUGUGGCAAGGUACUCAAGUCCGAGAAAACCGAGCUGGCGAAGCAGAUGGAGGAGGAGAAGAAUCGCAAGAAGAUCGAGCCCGACUACCAGGAGUUCCUCGAGUGGAAGAAAUCUGGAGCAUGUCGAGCCGGCGGAAUAUGGACAGAUCAGGGUCCGACACCAGCCGCCAGCUCAAGGAAGAAACCAUGACCGAGACUGAGGAUGGCGAGAACCAAAAGGACAAGGGAGUCAAGCAUGUGCUGAACCAAGCCCAGACAGCACUGGGAGAGACGGCAGAGAUGUGGCAGAACCUUAUAACCCUUGUCCAAAGUAACUCACCUGAGCCUGACAAAAACAUGACAAAAAUGGCUCAGGAAAUUUUUGAUGUCCAGAACCCAAGUCGGGUAUCUGACCGACGCCAGCUGAAACGACUGGCAAGCCUCCUUGGGGUAACAAAGAAAAAGGCAAGACUGGUCGCUGAGGUGUUCAAUCCGGAACGUUUUGGACCAAGGACACACCGACAUGGACUGGACAGGGGAGCAGCGUUUGAUUUGACACUAGGAGACAACUUGUUGGACAGCAGACAACGACAGAGUGUUCGCAACUAUGUCAAUGAAAUGAAACCUGGACUAGUGGUCAUUUCUACACCAUGCACCAUGUUGAGCCAGCUGCAAAACCUAAACGUGAAACACCUCACAAACGAAACGAAACACAGAGAGUUCAUUAAAAGGUUGAUUCAGGCAAAGGUUUUGUUGAAUUUUUCAUGUGAAAUUUGUGAACGUGUCAUGUCAUAUGGUGGCACCUUUUUGCUGGAACAGCCAAGAACCUCGAAGGCAUGGAAGGAACCAAAGGUCCAGAAACUUGCUGCAUUACCAACGGUCACCUUCACAGUCAAUGACCAAUGCAUGUUUGGGCUCAAAUCAACAGAGGGCUUUCCUCACAAAAAGCCAACGGGAUGGUUGUGCAACAAUGCCAUCGUCGCUAAGGCAUUGGACCGGCAGUGUGAUCAUACUCAUGAACACCUGCCUGUGUUCGGUUCGGGACCCGGAGGGUCGAGGUCUAAACUGGCUCAAGAGUAUCCCAAGAAACUGGUUGAUACCAUCCUGGGUUCGUACGCCAGAUCACUGAAACAACCACUACAAGAACGUGUUCGAGUAGUACGAGAUCUGGACUUCUUCGAGGAGAUCUACCACACCGAGAUGGUCUUCAACGCCAAGUAUGACAAGAUCCCACCGAUUGACCAGGUUAUCAAGAAUGACGAGGACAUAGAGUAUGACAAGGUCCCAAAGAAUACCAUGACUGCCAAGUAUGACGAGAUGAUUGACACGAACGAGGUCUCGGAGAAUUUGGCAGUGAUCAACGAGGAAGGUCUUGCAAUAGAAGAUGAGGAGAAGGAACAUGAAGAAGAAGACGGUAACUCAUGGCUACCACGAGAACGACCACUUGGAGUAGAACAGCUGGUGCGCAGGGCUCACUGUGGUUUGGGGCACUUGGCCAACGCCAGACUGGCCAGGAUCUUGCACCAGGCUGGAGCACGAAAAGAAGCUGUGGAAUAUGCCAAGAACCUCAAAUGUGACGUUUGCCAAAGACACAGGCAAAUUGCCCCAGCCCGAGCUGCAGCACCACCGAGAGAACUGACUCCCAACCAAAUUGUUGGAGUCGACACCAUCUACCUCCCAGGAUUACAAUUUAACGGAAAGCGGAAGAUGGCGCUGAACAUCAUUGACUGGGCCACCAAGUUCCAGCUGGUGAUACCCCUACAUGACCACACCCCGAGAUCGGCAAGACAAGCAUUCCUACAGUGGACACGGAUCUUCGGCACUCCAGAAAGGGUCUAUGAUGACCUAGGAAAAGAAUUCCGUGGGUGUUUUGAAAUGAUGAUGGACCAGGAUGCCAUCUUCCUGGACCCUGGAUCACUAGAGUCACCAACGCAGAGAUCCUUAACAGAACGAGCAGGAAGGACUUACAAGGAAGUUUUCUCAAAAACACUGAUGGAGGUGACGUGCAACAACUGGGAUGAGUGGCAUGAGGUUGUGGAUGUUGUCACGGCCACAAUCAAUCGACUGGCAAACAAGUCGGGGUAUAGCCCCAUCCAGCGAAUGCUGGGAUAUAGCCCGAGGAUCCCAGGAAGCCUCAUGAGUGGAGGUUUCAAUGAUCAGUCAACAGCAUCAAGAUAUGCAGCUGGAGACCUACAAGUUCAGCGAUCAGUGGAUCUACGUACAGCGGCAGCGAUCGCCUACCACAAGGCGGACUGUGAACAAGCACUUCGGAACUCACUACAUGCCGGACCACGAGUAUGGCAACACUAUGAGGUGGGACAGACGGUCUACUACUGGAAAAAGGGAAUGGAGAGGGGAAAGAAAAAUCACCCUUACUUUUGGCACGGCCCAGCAAAGGUCAUCCUGACGAAUUUGCCAACUACAGUAUGGGUGGCACAUCGGGGCAGAAUUGUCAAGGCCUGCCCUGAGCAUCUGAGGCCGAUAGCAGAGGAAGAGAAGUUCAUUCUCACCGACUGGAUUCAAGACAUCCUGGACACGAAGAAGAAGCUCAAGGAUGGCGACUACAAGGGCUACAUCGUCCUCGAUGAGAAGCCCCCGGACGCCUUGGACUUUCAGCCGGAGAUCAACAAGGACUUCAUUGGACCACUACCACCUCAAGCACCAAGAUACCGGCUGACAGGAAAACAUCGAGAGACCGAGGUUGAGUUUCAGCCAGACGCCUACAUCGAAAAGAGGCGGCGACUAGAAGACCAAGAACAAAAGCCGGAGCUGGUGCUGACACCUAGAUCACUAUCGAUCGCACCGACCACACCAGCUAGAACUGAAGAUCUCGAACCAAGAUCUCCGAAUGAGGAGGUGGUCGACUCCGAGAUGGACAUGGAGAAGCAGUUCUUGCCUGAGCAAGGAUCAGAACGACAUGCAGUGAUUUCAGAGGAGAGUAACCAAGAGGCAGAGGAUGAUGGACGCGGUCAAGUUCGACAUGGAGAACAUCUUGAUGAAGAUGAAGAAAGGCCGGCGAAACGUCAACGAGCAGAACUUUUGGAGAUGAUGUUCACACAGCUGGAGCAGGCGAACAUGAACCGAAAGCGCAAGGAGAUCAACUACAAGACCAUGGACAAGAAGAACCAGAGGAAGUUCGACAAGGCGAUCCUCAAGGAAAUCAAGAACAAUCUCCAGUCAGGAGCUUACCAGGCUCUCACCCGAGAAGAGUCUGAACAAAUACGAAGAGACAAACCCGAUCUGAUAAUGAAAAGCCGGUAUGUACUGACGGAGAAACCAGUAGAACCACAUGAAGUAGAACCACUCCAGAAAGAAGGUCUGCUCCUAGACAACAAUGAAGGAGAGGUCCUGAAAGCAAAAGCCAGACAUGUCAUGAAGGGCUAUUCUGAAGCCAAUGCGGAGGACUUAGAAUCAACGACACCCCAGGUGGCCAAGGACACAGUGUUCUUUGUCCUUCAGAUCCUCGCCAGCAUGAAGUGGAUCAUCGGACACCUGGACUUUACACAGGCCUUUCACAGUGGUGAUAAAAUCGCCCGGGAACUAUACUGCUCUCUUCCACCUGAAGGUGUUCCAGGACUUCAUGACCGGAUGGGCAAGUACACGACUGGCAGCGGGAAGUUCACGGGGAAGAUGGUUGAACCGGCCGAUGAUGGAUCGAUCUUGAUCCACCAGAAACACUACAUCGAGGAGAAGAUCAACGUCAUCAAGAUUGACAAGGCCAGAAAGAGACAGAGGUACUCACAAUGCACCCCUGUUGAGAUCAAUCAGUUGAGAACCCUGCUGGGUGGACUUUCAUGGGUAGCAAAGGAGACAAGACCAGACAUAGCUGGUAAGGUUGCCAUCCUACAACAGACCAUGCCGAACCCGAUGAUCAAAGACAUCGUCGAGGCCAACCAGGUCGCAGAGGAGCUCAAACGAAAACCCGACCUUGGGAUCAGGAUCCAACCGAUCCCGAUGGAACGCCUAAGAGUCGGUGUCAUUACCGACGCCAGCUGGGGAAAUGCCGGCGAAAGAUACCUGGAAGACUCCAAGAAGGACUACUGGGAGGAAACAAAGACGAGCUGGAUACGACAUCAUGUUCUUCCACGUCGACUCCUAUUUCAUCCUGGCGCGGCUCCCGGAGGACCAGAUCUUCACACUAUAUCCAGGAGAAGAACGACCACAACGAGUAUGUCAACAAGCAGUGACGAAUGGGAUGGAAAAGAUGGAAUCCGAGAACGCCAAGAACAACAAUGGACAGGAAGAACUACGUUCAUCAAAUCGACUAUAGAAGAGGAGGUGAAUCGACCCAUCAAUGAGAGGUUUCUGCAAUUGGCCCGAACACACAGUCAAGGUGGAUACCUCCUGGUGUACUAUGACGCCAAUUUGGAAGUAUCAGAACAACUUGAGAUGAUGACAAUAGCAGCUUGGAAGAGCUACAAACUGAAGCGCUGCACCGUCAACACACUGAGCGCUGAGUGCCAGUCGAUGAUCCAGGGGAUCGGAAACCUACACUGGCACAGGUUUCUUCUGACAGAAAUCUCAGGUGGCCGACUCAACCUAGACACCUGGGAACAAGAACUACACCGACUGCCGUUCAUAGCAGUGACAGACUCAAAGUCGCUCUACGACACGGUGAACAAGUGCCGAAACACAUCGGCUCACAUAGAUGACAAGCGGACGGCCAUCGAUCUGACGAUCUUGAAGGACGACUUGGAGAAGACAAAGGGGCAGGUCCGGUGGGUAUGUGGAACCAACAUGAUUUCAGACCCAUUAACCAAGAAAAUGCCUCCGGGAUUCUUGCAAAGAGUGAUGAAGUUUGGAAAAUGGUCUCUCACCGAGACAGGGCACAAGAAACUUCUUGAAAUCCACGCUUUGUUCAACAUAAAGUGUGGUCCAUGUGAAUUUCAGGGAUGCAAAACGCAUCAUUGA